GAGGGAAGUACUACUAGCACUAGGAUUCGGUUAUCUAUCCUCUUGAGCAGAUGACCUAAUAAAAUAAAGAAUGAUUUGAUUUGACAUUUGCCAGCUUACUAAUGAUAAAAAAACAAUAGAUUAGGGUAGGAUGUUUUAGAUGCCACCUGAGCUUAAAAUGCCACCAUUCACAAACCUACUCCCACUCUUUUCAUUUCCCACUGAUUAGUUAUGGCAGUUGAGCUUUUAGACCUAUUUUUUUCUCCUUUAUCUCCUUAUAAAUUUCCUUAUUCUCCAUUUUCCCACUAUCAAACUUCCAAACUGUACUUUUGAAGACAAGCAUCCAAAACUCAAACAUGGAGCGUUUUGUGAGCCUAACUGUGAUAUUAGCCAUGGCUACGGUGAUAGCUAGACCAGCCUACGCCCAAGUGACGACGCCAUGCAACGCAUCAAUGAUAAACAGUUUGUUGAACCCUUGCAUGAAUUUCCUGACAAAUAGCAGUGGCAAUGGCACUUCUUCAGCUUCACCAACUGCAGACUGCUGUAAUAGCAUAAAGUCCGUCACAAGUGGGGGCAUGGACUGUUUGUGUCUCAUUGUCACCGGCAAUCUUCCCUUCACAAUACCAAUCAACCGAACCUUGGCCAUCUCUCUUCCUCGUGCUUGCAAUUUGCCUCGUCUUCCACUUCAAUGCAAAGCCUCAGGUUCGCCAAUUCCAGCUCCAGGACCAGCGGCUUUUGGGCCAUCUCUUUCUCCAUCUGUUCCACCUCUUAGUCCUCAAGCUUCCUCUGUAGUUCCCUCACCUUCUUUGGCACCAGUGUCUGAUACAACCCCUCCUCUUUUGACUCCAUCAUCUGCAACCACAGGAGGAAGUGGCCGCUCUGAUCUGACUCCAUCAUCUGCCAUCUCAUCUUACCACCUCCUGCCUUCUGUUUUAUUGAUUGCUAUAGGAUUUUCCCUUCAUUCUUAAACACUACUAGGUUGCUGUGCCUUCCACAUCUUUGUGCCUAUUUAUUAGGUUUUGCUCAGAUUAUUAUAUCAAAAGGCAUUUUGUGUUGGGGUGUAUAUGAGUGCAUGGAAAGCAAAUUAUUGUUAUUUUAUUCA